AUGAAAUACCCAUUGCUGUCAUCAGCUAACUUGUCUCCACGCCAUUUUAGCUCCUUAUUGCAAAGUUGCAUCAAAUCAAAAGCUCUAAAACCAUGCAAGCAAGUUCAUGGUAAAUUGUUAGCUUCUGGUGUUGAUAUGAACUCAUUGUCUUUGAAGUCUAGGCUUGUGGGUGUAUAUGCAAGUUGUGCGGAUUUGAUAUCUGCUGAGUUAAUCUUCCAAGAAACACAAAACGCAAAUGUUUUUGCGUUGAAUUGGAUGAUUUCAGCUAUGGCAUUUAAUGGGUACUAUGAACAGGCAAUUGGGUACUAA